CCGGUGCGUUAACCGUCCCAUUAACCGGUCAGUAAAAACACCCCUCUCUCUCUCUUUCUCGCUCUCAUCUCUCCGAUCUGUAUGCGCUCGAGCAGUAGAGAGAAAGAGACCCAAUCUGUUUCUCUCUCCUUCUCCUCUUCCUCAGUGAACCUGUUUUGAUUUGGUACUUGUAUAAUUGGCAGAUUAUAUAGUUCUGUGCUAUAUAUUGGCAGCCGAGGUCGCAAUUGAGCAGUUAAAAUCUUGCAGCACAAGUGUCAGUUGCGAUGAAGAAUAGUGAGCGUGUUGCUAAUGUUGCUCUAGCUGGUUUAUCUUUGGCACCACUGGUUUUGAAUGUAAAUCCAAAUUUAAAUGUCAUUUUGACUGCUUGCCUCACAGUUUAUGUGGGUUGCUACCGUUCGGUCAAGCCAACUCCACCUUCAGAGACAAUGUCUAAUGAACAUGCCAUGCGCUUCCCUUUGGUUGGGAGUGCAAUGCUGUUAUCACUAUUCUUACUCUUCAAGUUUUUGUCAAAAGACUUGGUUAAUGCUGUUCUGACAUGCUACUUCUUUGUACUCGGGAUCGUCGCUCUUUCGGCAACACUUUUACCUACAAUGAGGCGUUUUUUGCCGAAGCAUUGGAAUGAGGACCUAAUAAUCUGGCGUUUCCCAUAUUUCCGUUCUUUGGAGGUUGAGUUCACAAGGUCUCAGAUCAUCGCAGCAAUUCCUGGAACCUUUUUCUGUGCAUGGUAUGCUUCACAGAAGCAUUGGCUGGCUAACAAUAUAUUGGGCCUUGCAUUUUGCAUUCAGGGAAUUGAAAUGCUUUCACUUGGGUCAUUUAAAACUGGUGCCAUCCUUUUGGCUGGACUUUUUGUAUAUGACAUUUUCUGGGUUUUCUUUACCCCUGUGAUGGUUAGUGUUGCAAAAUCAUUUGAUGCUCCUAUAAAGCUUUUGUUCCCAACAUCAUAUCCUAAACGUCCCUUUUCGAUGCUUGGACUUGGAGACAUAGUAAUUCCAGGCAUUUUUGUAGCAUUGGCAUUGCGUUUCGAUGUGUCCAGGGGGAAAGAGAGCCAGUAUUUCAAGAGUGCUUUUCUGGGUUACACAGUUGGUUUGGUCCUUACAAUUAUUGUCAUGAAUUGGUUUCAAGCCGCACAGCCUGCACUACUAUACAUAGUACCAGCUGUUAUUGGAUUUUUGGCCGUUCAUUGCAUAUGGAAUGGUGAUGUCAAACAGUUGUUGGAGUUUGAUGAGUCCAAGACUACUGCAUCUGAAGACGAUGAUUCCAAAUCGAGCAAGAAAGUGGAGUGAGGCGAAAACCCUCACACAGAAAAACCAUUGCGACUUGGUUAAGAAAUACGGUUAUUUUCUGUUGGUGACUUAAAAAGGCCUUGAAGCUCGGUCAUUUUUCUAAUUUUAGCAACUGCACACCAAUGCUGUUGUAACAGAGUUUUGAAUUAAGAAUUAAUAACAUAUUAGUCUUUAAUAUCAAGAUGACAAAUUUUAGUUUUCAUAUAUGUGUCUCUUGUAUUUGAUCAUAUUCAUAUUCGUGUUGUUAUUGCAAAUUUUGACACUCUAGUGAAUAUUAUUUGUCAGCCAACUUAUGGUUUGGCGACCUUGAUCAACAUUAUGAUAA